CCAUGAGCACAAGGUGAAAGACGACCAUAUUGAAUUUUCAUAAACUAAAAUUGUGACGCGACGAGAUUUCGCUGCGUAGAAAAGUUAAUAUUUAAUGUGGAAAAAGUGAAAAUUUCCUUACAAAAAUAUUGAGAAAAUUGAAUUGAAUAAACAUUUAUUACGUUUGUGGUAAAAGUAAGUAGCGGAAAAGUUGUUAAGUGCGCGAAAAUUGGAAGUGAAAAAUUGUCAGCGGAGCGCUAGCUGAAAGUUCCCAUGCAUAUAUAUAUUUCACAAAAGUAGAAGAAGAAGAAAUAGGCAAUUAAAAAGUUAUAUGAGCAUAGAAAAGUAGCACAGAGAAAGAAAGAAAAAAUAAGUGUUCGAGAAGGGAAAGGAGAAGAAGCGCAAAAGCAACUCGUGAAAAAAGCCAAACAAACGCACAAGGCAUACGUGCUGCUGCGUGGCGUGUUAGUUUGUAGAAAGCAAUCACGUUGGAGGUGAGGUGUAAAAAACUACUAGCUACUGCUUUAGAGCAAAACGUUAACCAAAGGAAAAAAAUUAAAAACUUAUAUAAACUAGUUUUGUGGCAAAGCAUUUGCCUACUGUACUGUAAUGAGUGUCGCUGCAAUGACUAUGGACGAUCAAAGACCUUUGAUGAACAGUUACGAUAAAAUGUCUAAACAAUAUGAACAAAAUUUGCAUGGUAAUACCGGAGUAGGUGGUGGGGGUGGUGGCAAUGGUUUAAGUGCUGGCGGUGCACCACCAUCUGGACCGGCCUCGCCAACGCCAUCCGGUAGCGAAGAGCCUUCGCAUCAAUAUCAUCAUGCACAUCAUCAUCAUUCUCACCAUCAUCAUCAUCAUCAUUCGCGACAUAUGCAUCAACAACAUGUGGAACAUCAGCCACCAUCGCCGCCGCCAACUCAGCAACAGCAACAACAUGUGCACCACCAUAGCCAACAUCAUCAGGCACAACAGCAGCAACAACUUCAACAACAGCAGCAGCAACAGCCAAGCUCUGUCGCUGAGGCCGUUGCUGCUGCCGAACAUCGUCAGCGGUUGCUCGAAGAUGAAAUUGAAAAUCUCAAGUUGGAACAGACGCGUCUAUCGCAGCAAUGUGUUGAUGCACAGCGGCGCGAAAAAAUACUCAUGCGCCGUUUGGCCAACAAAGAGCAAGAAUUUCAGGAUUAUGUGAGCCAAAUUGCCGAAUACAAAGCAGCACAAGCACCCACAGCAUCGGCAUUGCGUGCGGCUUUGCUUGACCCCGCUGUUAAUUUGCUAUUUGAGAAGCUCAAGAAAGAGCUAAAAGCAACCAAAGCUAAGUUGGAGGAAACACAAAAUGAGUUGUCCGCUUGGAAAUUCACACCGGAUUCCAAUACUGGCAAACGUUUGAUUGCCAAAUGUCGUUUAUUGUAUCAAGAAAAUGAAGAACUUGGUAAAAUGACUUCCAAUGGGCGUUUGGCAAAACUAGAGACUGAAUUGGCUAUGCAAAAAAGUUUUUGCGAAGAAGUAAAGAAGUCGCAAUCAGAGGUCGACGAUUUUCUACCCGAAUUAGAUGAGGAUGUUGAGGGCAUGCAAAGUACAAUCUUAUUCCUGCAACAAGAACUCAAGACCACCCGCGAUCGCAUACAAACUUUGGAAAAGGAGAAUUAUCAAUUGAAAACUGGUAGUUUGGACAGUGAGACUAAUAUUAAAGUCUCUGAUGCAGAAGUUACUGAUGCCAAUACACCAACACUGCACAGUAGCCACAAUGGCGCUGUUGCUGCAUGCAAUAUGCCAGUAAAUGUUGCCGAAAACUGUGCCAUACCCUACAACACUGUCGCCGCAAACAUGUCAAACAAUGUCAACAACACUUCGCUACCGCCAACGCACAAUACACUCAACAAUGCCAACGAUUUGAAGUACACAGCAGCGCGUCCCUUGGAAACCAUCGAUGAAAAUGCUUGUCUACGCAACUAUGGUCAACCCAAAGAUUUCUACAAUGGCAAUGAAGAACAACAACAUGUGCCAAUUGCGGCUGUUAAGCCCAUAUUGGAAGCUGAUGCCAACAACACUUUGAAUAAUCCCUUCAAUGUUGCCUCACCCGCUGUGGCUGGCAGUGGCACCAUGUUACGCACGGUUGCUUCGCGCAAACGUAAUUACGAUUGUAGUGAACUGAAUGAUAGUCCAGCUGUUAUAACGCCAGCGGCGCCGACGCAUGUCACCGCGCCACGCACGUUGCCACCGAAAAAGUCGAAAUUACGUCGCACUUCGGUGCAAACGAAUGAAAUCAAUGAAUAUGACGCCGGCAAUUGUAUUGGCGUUAAUAAUGCACAACAACAACAAAUGUUGGGUGGCAUUGCCGCAGUUGAUCCGUUAAGUAUUGUCGAUAAUGCGGUGGUUGGCAUGGCGAAUGAGGAGCAUCCCAGCAGCAUGGCAAUCGAUGAGCCGGCAAUGGAUGCUGGUGGUAAUAACGGUGGUGUUGCGUUGCGUAUAAUGACGCGAAGACGUUCAGUGCGCCAACAACAAAAUGGCAAUAUCGGUGGCGACAGUAAUCAUUAGGCCGUGUGUUGUGUUGCAUGUGAAGUGCAUAGUGUUAAUGCACGAAGUUGAGCUAGUUAUACAUACAUUCAUACAUAUAUCAUGCGAUAUAUAUGCAUAUAUUUUUUUUUGCGACUUGUAAUGUAAUGUAAAAGUGAAAAAAAACCAAUACUAUAGGGUUUUAACAUAAAGAAACAAACAAAAUAUGCAGAAUAUAAUGAUGCUAAGGGAAAUUAAACAAUAACUGUGUAAAAAAUACAAAAAUAUAUAGAGAAACUGAAACAAAAAGGCAAACAAAUAAUUAAUUAAGUAACCAAGCAACAAAUCUGCAACUUUUAUGCAAAGAAAUAUAUUAACUGUACUAUAUGAAGCAACAAUUAACGCUCUAAUGAACUGUAUGUGUUGUUAAUGAUGAACAAUGUGCGCGAUUUUUUGUUUUGCUUCAAAUUUGUUUACCUCUCAACACCGUUACUGCAUAUGUAAUUAGCAGAAUUUUUUUUAUUAUUAUUUUAUAUUACAAAUUGAUUAUAGUUUAUGCGUUGUUUUAUUUACUUGAGCUGCUAUUUGUAAUAAAUAAUAAAAAACGUAAAUAUUUGAAAUUUACUGAUGAAAUCAUGA